AAUCUCAUAUAAAAACUGUCAAAAAUUUCGCAUUUGUGAAAUAAUUUCGCACCGUGGUACUAAGUUUUUCGCACGAAAAAAUUUCGACCAAAUUAGCUAAGACACAAUUAUCCACAGAAAUCUACACACAGUUGUCAAAUUUCCGUGCGAAAACAAUGCACCUACACAUUAUUUUCGCGCGAAAAUAUGACAGAUAGGCAGAUUAUAAACUGACUGACCAACAGUCUAUAAAAUUCUAUUGUGUUUGGCUAUUGUAAGUGGACGGACCUAAUUUAUAAAAUUUAAAAUGAAAAAGUUGAGUGUAGAUGAAAAGAAAAAAUUUAUUAAAAUUUUAAAAGAAAAUAGUGUUGUGUGGGAUUUGUCCGAAGCAGGGCAUCGAAAAAGUACGGCAUUGGCUGCCGCUUGGGAGAAGAUUUCCAAAGAAAUGAAAAGACCAGUUGCGGAAUGCAAGACCAUUUAUAGAUCUUUUAAAGAUUUAGCACGUUAUAGGGGAAGGAAAAAACAGUGCCAAAAAUCCGGCAGUGAGCUAAUUCUAGAUGAAAGUGAAUCUCCCGAAACUUCGAUUGGCAAUGAAGAAGAUUGUGCAGAAUUUUCAGUUUGUUUGGAUUUUUUGCAGCCAAAUUCGUCCAAAAGAAGGACUCUUUCAACAAGCACAAUAGCCACCGAGGAGGAUGUUUCGAGCCCUGCAUCAGAUGGUUCGCAGUACAAUUUCGUAAGUUAAUAAAACAAUGUUUUAGACGGUUCGACUAACUAAACCCGUUUUACUUUUAG